AUGAGUUCCUCGUCUUUCACCUCGCCUGGUCGCGAGGUCGUCCCCGCCACCAGCAGCCCGCCUGCUGGUCUUGAGGAAGACCCAAUCGCGAUCAGCUCCGACGACGACGAGCUGCUGGGCAACGACUCUCGCUCGUCGCCCUACUUCACACAACCCACUCAGAUCCUCAGUCGGCCAGCAAUCAAGGCGAUCACACAGCCCACUCAGCCCACUCAGCCCACCCAAGUGACCCAAGCGACCCAGAUCGUCAGCGACCGCCCAAGGCUUGGCCUCAGCGCCAACAUCAAGAAGUCGCCAUCCACGUCGCCUCAGUCUGACGGCACCAGAGUCGAGGUCCCUGCCUCUUCUCCCUACCAGAGACCGGCUCCGCCGUCUGCUUUCGCCCGUUUAAUGGCCCCUGCUGGCACCUCUUUCAAGCCUCCACCAAAGAUCAAUACAAAGCCUGCCCCUCAGUCGCCAGUCAAGCGAGGCCCCGCCAAGCGCGAGUUUGGUACGUUCUCGGACGAUGAGCUGGACACAUCCCCUACUCGAUACGCGGCCGAUAGCUCUGGCGACGAGCGGCCCGCGCGAGGCGAUAUUCAGCGCUCCUCCUUCCAACGCCAGCAGCCGAAAUCCGAGUCGCCUUCCAGUGCUUCGCUGCACAGACAGCAGGCUUCUAAACAACAGCUGGCAAAGGUAUUCCGCGGGUUCAAGUCCUCCUCAACCACCUCGCCCUCCAGCUCCAUCGGCUCACAGCCCUCGGCACAGCCUUCCUCGAGGAGCUCUGAACCCUCUCGAACCCCUUCGCCACCGCCGAAGCGCAGGCGACUUGUGCGCGGCCGAAACCCCCAAAACUCCCCAAGCUCCUCACAGGUCACCCCGCAAGCCCCUCAGCUCAUCAGCCUGAUUGACGACGACGAUGACGACGACGACGACCCCAUCUCCAACGAUAAGGACGAUGGAGAUAAUUAUGUAAUGGAUCAGCAAGACGAGUCAUCUGAGGACGAGACCGAGACGGAGGGAAGAUCGCCGAGCAAGGUUGCCUCCUCCAAGACCCUGGUGGGAACCAAGCGCAAGGACAAGAUACUGCAAUACCUCGGAGUCUGCUCCGUGGAGAGCCUUAUGGCUGACGCCAAGAUCCAGCGGGACGCAGCGAAGCACAUGAUCGACAAGCGACCUUUCCGAACAGUCGAGCAGGUUAAAGCUGUCGUCAAGUUCAAGAUGUCUCGCGGCAAGAAGAUCAGGCACGACCUUGGUCAAGAGGUCUUUGACCAGCUUGUCGAGUACAUGAAGCGACUCGACGCAAUCGACCGAGUUGUCGAGUACUGCGAUACCCAGGGACGCAACAUCAAGAUCAAGAUGGGGCCGUGGAAGAUGGAUCAGAUGGGCAUGACGAGAGGCAAUACGGACGACAAGUCCAGCAUCCUCCCUUUCCCUCGCGAGCCGAAGACAAUGCGGGACCACUGCACCAUGCAGCCGUAUCAGCUGUUCGGUAUGAACUGGAUGUGGCAGCUGUACGGCCAACGCUUCGGCGGCAUUCUCGCUGACGACAUGGGCCUGGGGAAGACGUGUCAGGUUGUGUCGUUCAUCGCGCUGCUCAAGGACCAGUUCGACGCCGGUUAUUUCCAGGAGAGGCCCUGGCCCAACUUGGUUGUCGUCCCGCCGUCGGUCCUGGAGAACUGGGAGAACGAGUUCGACAAGUUUGCCCCCGGCCUGUCUGUCAUCAAGUACUCAGGCAAGCCUGGUGAGCGCGACGAGCUUGCGCUUGACAUCCGGGAUGCACCAGAGGAGUACCACGUCAUUCUCACCUCGUACUCGCAGAUGAGCCGUUCUAGGGAUGUGAAUCUCAUCAACAAGAUCGGCAUCAACGCGGCAAUCUUCGACGAGGGCCAUAAAUUAAAGAACCCCCACGCACAGAUCUACAAGGACCUUAUUCGAGUCGACGCGGCUUGGAAGCUUAUCAUGACUGGCACACCUAUCCAGAACAACAUCAUGGAGAUGGUCGCGCUUUUGAACUUCCUGUGUCCACAUGUUUUCGGCCAUUACAGCGACCACCUUCAAGAGCUGUUCGAGCAAAAGGCGUCACUUCAGCAGGUCUCGGAGGGUGCCGUACUUCUGAGUGACCGAGUGAAGCGCGCGCGGAGCAUACUGGAGCCAUUCAUCCUGCAGCGGACUAAGGAGCAGGUCCUGACCACCAUGCCGGCAAAGAUCCGUAAGGCGGUGUACUGCGACAUGGACGACGGCCAGAAGGCGCUCUACGAUGAUUUCGUCCAAAAGUUCCGCGAUGCCAAGACUCGCAAAGUCAGCAGCGGUGGUCGCAAGAACGACAUGAACAACCCUUGGAUCCAACUUCGCAAGGCAGCCAUACACCCGCAGCUGUUCCGCCGGUUCUUCACCGACGAGAAGUGCGAGAAGAUGGCCAGAGUCCUGAUGAAGUCUGUGCCGCAGGACAUCCUGAGGCAGCCCGACCUGACACACCUGACCAACGAGCUGAAGUACGAGUCCGACUUCCAGCUCCACCUUUGGUGCCGUGACUACCCCUGCAUCCGCAGCUUUGACUGCCCGGAGGAUACGUGGUUGGAGAGUGGCAAGGUCCAGAAGCUCUUGGAGCUCAUUGGUGACUAUCAGAAGGAUGGCGACCGGGUCCUUGUCUUCUCACGUUUCGCUAUGGUACUUUCCAUCCUUGAAGAGUGCCUCGCGCAGGCUUCUGUCAGACAUCUCGUCCUGCAGGGAGAGACCAAGGUCGCCGAGCGCCAGCAGCUCAUCGACCAGUUCAACGAUGACAAGACGAUCACAGUAUUCCUGUUGACAACCAAGGCUGGCGGUACGGGCAUCAACCUGACAGCUGCCAACAAGGUCAUUCUGUUUGACCAGUCGGACAAUCCACAGGACGACAUCCAGGCCGAGAACCGUGCGCACCGCCUCGGUCAGCAGCGCGAGGUAGAGGUCAGCCGACUCCUGUCUACGGGCACCAUCGACGAGCUGAUCUACAAGGCGUGCCAGCGCAAGCUGGAGCUCGCCGGCAAGAUCACCGGCCACCACGAGGAGAUCACGGGUGCGGAUGUAGAGGCCGAGGUCUCCAAGAUUCUUCUCCAAGAGUAA